GAUUUUUUCAUAAAAAAUAUUCGCUGCAUUCAGUUGCAAACGUCAAUCGGUGGCGAGUUGAUUAUUUUCUAUAAUUUAACUCAUAUAUUUUUGCAAUUUUAAUUAACUUUUUUUUUUACAUGACCCCCACUCACUGGUAACCAAAUUGGGCAUGUACCAAUGGUAAGCCCCAAUAGAGAACUUAAGGAAAUUUGAAAAAUUUGCAAAAAAAAGAAAGAAAAAGAAAAUAAAAAGUAGCAACGAAGCCACUUGGGAGUGUACCUACUCAAGCUGUGAAAAUUGGAAGUAAAGUUGAAACAAAAGAAAAUAACAUAGCACAGCAACAAAGCAAGAGAUCCAAAGCAACAGAAGCACAUAAUCUUAACUAGUGAAGUAUAGUGACGUAGGACAGUGAAAAUUAAGUAGUGAAACGUUCGUGAAACAAAAGACUGCAAUAAUUAAAUAUUAAAAAACGUUAAAAAAGUCAUACAGCGGCACAUGCCAAACUCAGCGUUAAACUGUGCCGUAUAGCAACCUACACGCUGAAGAGGAGGAGUACACUGGAUAUUUGGUGAGGUAGCCAAAGAAAUACGUGCCGACAUACGCACACAUACAUACAUAUGUACAUAUUUGCAAAGCAGCAAUCGUGUUCAUUUCCAAAAUUUAACUAGAUAUCGCCAUAGCUCCACAGAGACGCCGCCUUCAACAUGUCCAAUCAAUCGGAGGUCGAUUAUGAUAAACAAUUUCAGGAUGAUUUAGCUAAGGCCACCGCUUUGAGCUUGGAACAGCAGGCGCUCGAUGAUUAUCGUCGUGCCAAAAAGUAUGGCACUGCCGCACACUAUUACAGCGAGCAGCGUGCUCACUCACAAUCACCUUCAUUGCAACAUUCUCACACCCAGCGACAGCAAUCGACCGAAUCGGUGGUGGAUUACUAUGCGCAAUUACGUGCACGUUACCAGCAAUCACGUGGGAAUUCAAAUGACACCGCUGCUCCGACUGCCACCGCAGUAGCACCGCCCAUACCGCCCAGCCGCCGACACUCGGAGGCGAAUAAUAACAUCUCGCUGAAUGUGGCCGCUGUAACGGCGGCUUCGUGUGAACGCUCUAAAACACCGCCAGCAACGCUGCCAGAAAGUGAUCUCAUUUCGUUCUCGAGCCCCACGGCCAAGGAGACGCAACCGAGUAUGUUUGACAAGUUAAUUGAAGAUUUGCAAAAGUUGCAAACGACGAGUCAACAAACGGCUUUGGUGCCAUUCGGCCCGGUUGCAGCAGCGCCAAUCGCACCCAUACAUGCAGCUGCCGCCGCUGGGGUUUAUCGCGGCACACCACCACCAAUGGCCGCUGCGCCAGCACACAGCCCUGCAGCUAUGUAUGGUGCGGCUGGUGUUGGUGUGCCUGGCGCAAAUUGCAUGCAGUUAGUGCCGUUUACGCCCGCAUUGCAACAGCAGAAAGUGCCGCUGACUUCUGAGGAAUUACAAAAGCUUUAUAAUAUGCCGCAACAACAACAACAGCAACAGCAGCAGCAAUAUUAUCAACAGUCACAUCAGCAUCAACAAUAUAUGGCAGCCAUUGCACCUGUAGCGGGCAUGGUUUAUCCGCCACCACCACCGCCAGCGCGCCCGGGUUUCGUGCCUUCAGUCGGCGGUUUCGCUACACCGCCACCGCAUGCAGCCAGCUUUACGCAAAGCGCACCAGCUACAGCAGCGGCAUCGGCCGCUUAUACGCCACCACAUUUUCCACCAACGGUUUCACACUAUGGUUUUCAAUAUGGCGCCUUGCCAGCGUCCUCAAGCCCUUUUUACACAGGUACACAGGCAGCUUCAAUGCCUUUAGCUAAGUCGCAGUCGGCAGUAGCAGCGAUUGUACCAAAUGGCAGUGGUGCUGCUACAACUGGUGCUCGUCGCCUCAGCAAAGCGCAACGCACAGGCAACGAUCUGAUUGAUCUGAGUCAGGAGGAUGAUUCGCGUGUUAGUGUUUUGGAGGCAUUCGAUCCUUUGCUGAAUGUGGAAGGUGAAGGUUGCGACGAUGACUCGGAUUGUACUUCCUAUUAUGCGGAAUACGAUCCAUUUGAUUAUCUCUAUAGUGGUGGUGGUACACAGUAUUCGGAUCCCGUUUACGAGGCGGUGAAUAAGUUGGAGAAGAGUGCGGUCAGUCCAAAUGUCUCUUCAAUUGGAUGGCGUACAGAUUACCUCAGUCGCGAUGAUGUGCUCAACAGCGUUGCCGCCACCACCACCAGUAGUAGUGUCAGUCCUACACACUUUCUGCCCGGCGAUCAUUCACCCAGCGGUUCACGUUCACCACCACCGCCGUUGCCGCCGCGCAAUAGUGGUUCACGUUCGCCACCAUUUCCUCACUCUGGACUCUAUCCCACGCUUAGGCGUGAUAACAGUUUUGAAAGUAGCACAAGUACGGGCAUUAGUAGUAGUGCAGCUGCUGGCAGCUCACACGCCACUGCGAGUCCAUUUGGGCGUCCCAGUGCUGCAACGCUGGAUCGGCGAAAAACCAAUGGCACACGUUUGUAUGAAGUUGUCACCGAUCGUCGCACCGUUGAUUCGGAGUUAUUGGAAUUCUUUUUCAUGGUCAAAGAGUUACGUAUGCGUUAUUUAUAUAAUGAUACACAAACAAAUCCGGGUCAUGUAAUUGCAUCUGAGUUUAAUUAUCAUUAUCCGCUGGAGACGAGCAUUAAGAUUUUAGUGCAUCCCGCUUUGAAGGCGCUGCUGCCAAGUGCGGAGAUGGCGGCUCGUACGCAGGGUCAGGUGAAAGGUUAUGGUGUGCCGGUGGUGUUUACAUGUGAUAUUAAUACGGCUGUUGAAUUAGUCAUUGAUCAGGCAUUUUGCUCCCUAGAAGGCCAAAUAAAAGGCACACCAAAUGAUUAUGUAGUGAAGCCUAUUGGUGUCUCUGAGUGGCUUUCACCCUCAUCGAAGCUUAGUCAACUGGAGUGUGUACAUAAUAGUUUGAAACUGGAGCAGGAUGUCCAGUUGGGCCUCUGCGUGAAGUCCGAAGAGAAUAUGCAAGUCAUAGCGCGUACACAAGGUGACGAUUCACGUGACACGGACUUACGUGCUGAGGAUAUAUUGCCAAAUGAAAUGGCAGCCACCAUUAAUUACGAUAAUAUGAUGAUAUUAAUAGAAACGCUCGAAACCGAGAUAGACAAGCUGGAAUGUGCCGAUCCGAAUUCACGUUCCAUACUCUCCUGCUCUGGCGUUGUACAGGCCGUCAAAGCUAUUUGUGCACUACUCGGCUCUAUAGACACACUUGAAAUCUCUGCCUGCAUUGCUGAUCUCAAACGUAUUUGCGAAGAAGGACAAGUAAAGUAUGCAUCACACUCGACGGAAACGAAUCCGGAGAUUGUCAGUGAGCGUGGUGACUAUGCAGAGGUGCGUUUAGUGCCGCGCCCCAUGCUCGAUCAGAUAAAGCUGAAAUGUAAUCAGUUGCGUGAUGCCGUGCAAGAGCUGAUUGAGCUCUAUUCGAAUGUAUUUCGUGUGGGUUUCUCCGUCAAAUCAUUGGAUUAUUCGACGACUCCCAUGCCCAUUUCGUGUGUAUUAAAGCCGAUAGUUGUUAGCAUCAAUUGCCUGCAUCGACCGCCGCCCACUUGGCGUUAUGACGAUUAUUCGUUGGGCGUGCAAAUCGUUUAUGGCACGCGUUUUGUAUCUGAUCCGAUUGUCACGAAGUGUUCGAACGAUAUGAGCGGCGGUCUAUUCCCACGUUUGAAUUUCUCUUCAUGGCUUACCUUUGAGAAGAAUCCAAUUUGUACGUUGCCGCGUGAAGCACGUCUCAUAUUCGUACUAUAUGGUACACAAACGGCCGAGAAUGAGCAGAAUACCGAUGCAAAUGGCGAGAGACGACAAGUGCCCACCGAACUGGGUUGGUGCGCCAUACAGUUGUUUGAUCAGAAACGUGAAAUGAUUUGUGGUUCCUAUUUGCUCUCCAUGUGGCCACCAACAACGGAUAAGUUUUUGGGUCCUGCACCCGCGCGUGGCUGUCAUCCACAACCCGACAUCUGCCCGGUGUUGAGCAUAGAAGUACCACCAUAUGGUGGCCGCAUAAUGUUUCCUGAGCCUGUAGAGCAACCUGCGCCAGCGCCACGUUAUGACUUCAACUCGCUGGAUGCGAACUUGCAACAAGACCUACUUGAUACCGCCGAGCAGGGGUACUCAGGCGCCAAGGACAAACGUGAAGUUUUUUGGGAGAAACGUUUAUAUUUGCAAAGUUUCCCUUACGCACUGCCUAAAGUACUGCACGCCGCACAUAGUUGGGAUUAUGCUAGUCUCAUAGAUCUACAUUCAUUACUGCAUUCAUGGACGCCACUUUCACCAUUGCAAGCGCUCGAGCUGCUCUUACCGCGCUAUCCCGACGCGAAGGUGCGUGAGAGGGCCGUUGAGUGGAUAUCCCACUUGCCCAAUGAUCAGCUCGUCGACUAUCUACCGCAAUUACUGCAAGCUCUGAAGCACGACACCUACGAAGCUUCGGCUAUGGCACGUUUCCUGCUCUGCAAGUGUUUGGAAUCGCCACGAAUUGCUCAUCACAUGUACUGGUUGCUGGUACACAGUUUGCCUGGUGAUGAUCCGCAGAACUCUAUCGAUGCUUCGUCUGUAGCGAAUGAAUUUGAUGAGUCGCUAAUAACUCAAGCUCGCUACUAUAGACGAAACAAGAUGAUGCUGCGUGCGUUGUUGGCAAUUUGUGGUGAGAAGCUGUUGGCGCGUUUUCUUAGCCAGAAUAUGAUGUGCAAGAGUCUUGCGCGCCUUGCCGAAUCUGUGAAGGAAGCUAAAGAAUCACUGCGGCAAAAAACACUUUGUUUUGGCAUGGAAACUGUACAUCAACAGUUGGGUGACAAGCCCACUUCAUUGCCGCUGGGUCCUGAAUUGGAAGUGACCGGUGUUAACGUGCGUAGUUGUAGUUAUUUCAACUCCAACACACUGCCAUUGAAAAUCUCCUACAUCGGUUCUGAUGGCGAAAUAUUACCGGCGAUUUUUAAGUCCGGUGACGACUUACAACAGGACAUGCUUACCAUACAACUCAUACGCGUUAUGAAUAAAAUGUGGUUGGCUGAGGGGUUGGAUUUAAAAAUGGUCACAUUCAACUGUGUGCCAACGGGCUUUAAAAAGGGCAUGAUCGAGUUGGUCUCUGAUGCGGAAACAUUGCGUAAAAUACAAGUUGAGUAUGGUUUGACCGGUUCGUUUAAGGAUCGUCCGAUUGCCGAAUGGUUGGCCAAACAAAAUCCUAGUCAGCUGGAGUAUCAGCGUGCGGUAAAGAAUUUUACAGUUUCUUGCGCCGGCUACAGCGUUGCGACUUAUAUACUCGGCAUUUGUGAUCGUCAUAAUGACAAUAUCAUGUUAAAGACAUCUGGUCAUCUCUUUCAUAUAGAUUUUGGUAAAUUUCUUGGUGAUGCCCAAAUGUUUGGCAACUUCAAAAGGGACCGCACACCCUUCGUACUCACCUCCGACAUGGCGUACGUGAUUAAUGGCGGCGAUAAACCCUCAACAGAUUUUCAUUAUUUCGUCGAUUUGUGUUGUCGCGCUUUCAAUAUUAUACGCAAACAUGGUGAUCUCAUUCUACAUAUGCUCGCACUCAUGGCCACUGCCGGCAUACCCGGUGUCACAGCGGAUGCGGUGACUUAUGUGCGUGGCGCUUUGCUGCCUGAGCAAUCAAAUCCGGAAGCUGCCGCUUCAUUUGCUAAAAUGAUACAAUUUUCACUCAAAAGCUGGUUCACACAAUUCAAUUUCUUUUUGCACAAUUUGGCACAAAUGCGGUUCAGUAAUGAUGAGGGUAGUGGCGAGUUGUUGUCCUUCGUGCCUCGGAAGUAUACCAUGCAACAGGAUGGCCGGCUGAAGAGUGUAAUGGUCGUACGGUGUCAGAAACAUUAUGAUACGGAAAAGUAUUACACAUAUAUUCUGCGUGUAACGCGUCACGGUCAAACAGAUCCUACACAUUUAUUCCGCUCUUAUAAGGAGUUUACGGAGUUUCAUCAGAAAUUGUGCUUGCAUUUUCCGCUAGCGAAAUUGCAUAGCUUACCCAGUGGUAUGCAUGUUGGCCGCUCCAACGUCAAAUCGGUUGCGGAACGUCGUCUCCCACAAAUACAACGUUUUCUCAUAUCACUCUUCAAUUCAGCGGAUGAAAUUGCACACUCAGAUUUGGUGUAUACAUUCUUCCAUCCCUUGUUGCGCGAUCAGCAGGAGGCCAAGUUGACGGUGUCUAAAGUAAAAGAAGUAAAACAGCCGACCCGGGAGUACCCAAAUGAGGUUGGGCAAAUAAAAUUAUCUCUACAAUAUCGCCGUGGUGUCUUAACAGUGAUGAUUCAUCACGCCAAGGGCUUGCCCAUGCUGCAAGGUGGCCAAGAGCCAAAUACAUAUGUCAAAUGCUAUCUCAAACCGGAUACAACCAAAGUGACGAAACGAAAAACGAAAGUUGUGCGAAAAACAUGUGUGCCGAGCUUUAUGGAAACGCUUGAGUACCGCAUGCCGGUCGAACAUAUACAAAAUCGUGUGUUACACGUCACCGUUUGGUCACACGACACGCUGCAAGAGAAUGAAUUGCUGGGCGGCUUUCAAAUCGAUUUGAGUAAAUAUGAUUUACGUAAAGAACUAAUCAAUUGGUUCUGUUUAGGGCCGAUGCCAAGGAAUUGAAUGACGAACCGACAAUGUGACCGACGAGUGUAACGUACCUACACAAUUAAGGUGAUGAUUGUCAAGCAUAAAAUUUACAACUGGCAACAGAUCUUCACUUAUAAUGUAUGAUAAAUGCAACGAGUUUUGUGAAAACUAUAGGCAACAGUAUUUCUUCCGCACACAUGCACACAUACAUACUACACUUACAUAUAGGCGAAACUACAGGGUUGCCCGUUAGGGGUUUGCGUAAUUUUAUACAUGCAUGCUGAAAGAUAUAUAUAUAUAUAUAUAUAUAUUUAUAUGUAAAAUACACAUAUGUAUAACAGGAUAAAUAAGGCAAAAAAGCUAGCCUUGCAGCCGGUAUGCAGUAAUCAUUUUCUCAGAGAACUAAAACCACAUACAUACCGUACAUAUAUUUUUUAUAUAAAAACUUUACUUAAUUGUUGCGUGUCGAGGCGGCAAACAUACUACGCACGAUUCUCAAUUUCGCAUAAAAAAACACUUAUAAAAUGGACAUUCCAAUUAUGCAUAUAAAAAAUAAAUAUUAAGAUUAUUAUGAAA